AUGCAGCUCAAGCUUUCCUUCGUCGCCGGCCUCAUCGCCGCCUCGGCCCUUGCCACCGCCGCUCCCCUCGAGCAGCAGGAGCGCGGCAUCAACAUCGAUAUCUCCAAGCGCGCCAAGCUCACCGUCGAUGGCUCCAGCCAGAUCGACUGGAACAAGGUCGAUGCUCACAUGGCCAGCCUUCGCACCAAGUACGCCAAAAGCUUUGCCAACUACGAGAAGAACACGGGCAAGGUGCACUCGCUCAAGCGCGAUCUCCCCGAGCACCUCACCAAGCGCGCCACCGGCUCCGUCGCCCUCACCGACCAGGAAGGUGGUGAGCUGUGGACCGGCACCAUGGCCUACGGUACCCCAUCGCAGAGCUUCCCCAUCGACUUUGACACUGGCUCUUCCGACACGCUCGUCAACCCUGGCGCUUACACGCCCUCGCAGUCGUCCACCUCCAAGACCAACGGCGACCAGUUCUCCACCUCUUACGGUGACGGCACCACCGCCUCGGGCACCAUCUACACCGACACGGUCCACAUUGGCGGUCUCAACGCUGCCAACACCGCCAUCGGUGUCUCGAACCAGCAGUUCAUCGACUCGUCCGAGGGCUCCCAGGGUAUCUCUGGCAUGGCCUUCCCUCAGCUUGCCGCGUUCGGUUCCAACUACCUGCCCUACUUCUACAGCCUCAAGCAGGCCGGUGUCGUCUCGUCGGGCAAGUUCCAGUUCGACCUUCGCACCUCUGGCUCGUCUCUCUACCUGGGAGGAACCAACUCGGCCAAGUACUCCAGCACCCCCGUUUACGUUGGCAUCGACUCGAACCAGGGCUUCUGGCAGGUCCCCGCCACCGUCAACACUCAGAGCAUCGACUCGAUCGUUGACACGGGUACCACCAUCAUCGUCGCCCCCACCUCCCAGGCCAAGACGCUCUUCAAGCAGCUCAACCUUCCAACGUUCACACAGGACGGCAGUCUUUACGCGUACUUCAACUGCAACUCGCCGCCCAAGGUGACGUUCAAGUACGGCUCCUACAGCAAGACCCUCUCGGCUGCUACCACCUCGUUCGGUACCACCAACUCCGGCCAGUGCGUCCUGUCCGUUGCCGGCUCUGACCUGGGCCUCAACGCCUGGGUCACUGGUGACUCGUUCCUCCAGAACGUCGUCGCCAUCUUUGACACCGACAACAACCGCGUCGGCUUCGCCAACAAGGCUUGA